AAUACAAAUGAAAUUGAUUGACAUGGCCAAUGUUUAUUAGUCAUUGAAAAUAAUAUUCAUAUCAAGAUGAGUUCAUCAAAUUCAUUCAAUGAUCGUCGACAAUUGAAUAGAUAUUAUAAUGCCAAACAAAUUGAUUCAUCAUCUGAAUUGAUCAUAGAAAUUCAACUUGGUUUAAUGCAUCUAAUUCGAUUGAUCAUUUCCAUCAUUCAUUCAUCAAUAAGACGUAUCAUUCGAAGAUUUACUCGCAAACUAAAUGAAUUAUAUAUGAAUUCUGCAUUGAAUAUUUUAGUUUUUAAACUGAAAACUUAUUCAUUGAUUAAACAAAGUCGUCAAAAUGGAUUAAUGGAAUGGCUACAACAACAACUACCAUUGGCACCGUUUAAGCCGAAUAAUUUCAAUACAGAUUGGCGUGAUGGAAUACGUUUAUGUGCUCUUUGUGAACAAAUCAUAUCUGGAUGUUGUCCACGUUAUGAUCUCCUUAAUCCUAAUAAUUAUGUCAAUAAUCUCAAAUUGGCAUUAUGUCUGAUACGAAACAAUUUGAACAUACAAACGGAUUUGAAUGUAAAAGAAAUCUAUGAAUGUAAAAAUGAUGCUAAAUUAAUACAUCUAUUGUUUCGAAUGAAAAUGGUACAUACGAAAGCAAUGCUCAAAUCGAAUGAUAUCCGUACGAAACAAUCAAAACGAUGGGAAAAUCAAAAAAUAUCCAAGGCCAAAUAUCUUGAAUCAUAUGAUCAAUUUUUCAACAAUUGUAAAAUUAAAGGAAUGGGCAUAACAUUAGGUGUUCGUAGUCGACGUUCAAGAUUUAGCAUCUAUUUUGCAUCAUCAUAUCCAUUGGAUCAAUGUUCAUUUAUCAUCGAAAUUCUAGGUCCAAUUGGAUCAUUUUGUUCGGAAAAAAUUGAAAUCAAUAAUUGUAGUAGACGAUUACAGAAUAGUUUAAAUGUAAUUGGACAAUAUUUCUGUCAUGAUGAAAUGAUACAGAAUCUUACGAUGAAGGCGGCGAUGAAAAUUAAAUUCCAUAGAAUGAAUUUGAAAAUACCAUUCUUUUGUGAAUUAAUGGAUGAUCAUAUUCUGAUCACUUAUAUACCACUUUAUGCCGGUGAACAUCAAAUCAGCGUCAUUUGGCAAGGACAACAUAUUUUCGGAUCACCAUAUUAUGCUAUGAUCGAAGAAACAGAAUAUCUUCAACAAGAAUCCAAUGAAAUUGGACCAAAAUUUAUUCCUGGCAUUCAAUAUCCAUUAUGUUUACUCCAGACAGAUCAAGAAUAUGGAUUAGAUGAAAUUGGAACAGUAAUAAGAAAGAAAACAUUACGAAAAUCAAUGAUAAUCAAAGGAAAAAAAUAUGAUUAUUACACAUAUUUGGAACGAUUACAAAAAUCACGACAAUUCGAAUGUUCAAUUACAAAUGUUAAUGAUAAUUCAUUAAAAAAUGUGAAAAUUUCCAUCAAACAUAACAAACAAUCAAUGUCAAUUUCGGAUAGUUCACGAACAUCAUCAUUUUAUUCCGGUGAAUCAGAAUGUUGUUGUUCACCUGAACCAAUAAAACAUGAAUCAUUACCUGAAGAUCCAAUGGGCAAUGAAAAUGAAAUUAUUAAGAAUGAGCAAUCGGAAAUUGCAACAGCAGAAAAAUCCAACAGAAUUAGAUCAAAAUUUUUUCAACUAAGAAAAUUACGAUCACAUAAAUCAUCAUUGAAUGAAAAUUCCUUAAAUAAUGAAUUCAAUGUGAUGGCUAAAAAAUUAAAAGAAAAAGUCAAAAAUGAUUCAUUGGCAGUCAUUUUAUGUGAAAUUUUGAGCGGCCAAAUCAAGCUCGAAGUGAAUGAUUUCAAGGGAGCCAAAGAAAUCAUUGAAAAUAUCGAUCAAAAAAUCGACAAUGAAUAUGGUAUCACUACGGUGCAUGCACGUUUCUUUCAAUUAGCCUCUGAUUAUUAUCAAAAAAUUGGCGAUCACGCUGAAUAUUAUCGUAAUGCACUUCGUUACCUUGGAUGUUGUAGUACGGCUGGCAUUGAAAUUCAAGAGAAUGAUGAAAUUUUAGCUCAACGGGCUUUUACCUUGUCGUUGGCUGCCAUACUUGGUCAAGAUAUCUUUAAUUUCGGUGAACUAUUGCUUCAUCCAAUUCUUAAAAAAUUGAAACCUGAACACGAAUAUAUGCGAGAAUUAUUGUUCGCAUUCAAUUCGGGUAAUAUGGCCAAAUUUAAUGAAUUGAAACCAAAAUGGCAAACUCAGCCAGAUCUUGUUGUACAUGAAACCGAAAUGCGUAAAAAGAUUUGUCUUUUAUGUUUGAUGGAGAUGGCUUUUGCAUCGCCAAAUGCAGUAUUGUCAUUCGAAAAAAUUGCCACCGCAACCGAUUGUCUGAAAAAUGAUGUCGAACUUAUGGUAAUGAAAGCAUUGUCCAAAGGUCUAAUAAAAGGUCAUAUUGAUGAAGUUGAACAAAAAGUGACCAUCAGCUGGGUACAGCCACGAGUACUCAACAAAGAUCAGAUUAGAUCAAUGCGUGAUCGAUUAGAUAAAUGGAUCAAAGACAUUAAUGAUUUCUCACGUGUUUUAGAGAAUAAAGCACAGGAUAUUAUGGCCUGAAUUUAGUUUUUUAUCAUUGGCCAUUACAGAUUGUAAUAUCUCUUUUUUCAAAUUUUCAAAAAAAAUUAUAUUUUACAAUAAAAAUGUACAAUUAAAAUAAA